AUGUGUCCUAUCCAACUUACCAAUACCGUACCUAUAUCAUCUAUGGCAUAUAACCAUUUUGCAAUUCCAAAGUCAAUUGAAGAAAAAGAAAACUCGUUUUUCGACGUGACUUUCCAAGACGAACCCGAAGACGCAUCCGCUCCCGCCGUUGCCGCUUCUUUAUCCAAAGUACCUCCUACAUUCGCAAGUGCUUCUUCUUUAGCUACUUCAUCCACCUCAACUCCUCUUUCUACUAUCCAGAACGGUGUAACCCCCGGACUCCAACAAGCCGCUCAAUCCAUGCAGCAAUCACAACCUUUAUCCACUUCUCAGCAAGAACUCCCUAUCACAGCCACCCCUCCUUCCACUAGUAGUAACAAGCCUACCAUGGACGAUACAAGUUAUGCUAACCAACAGCUCACUUUACGUGCACUUUUGUCCACUCGUGAGGCUGGUAUCGUCAUCGGCAAAGCCGGCAAAAAUGUUGCUGAGCUUCGUACCUCUACCAAUGUAAAAGCUGGUGUCACUAAGGCUGUUCCAAAUGUGCAUGAUCGUGUUCUCACUGUCAGUGGUAGUUUAGAAAAUGUUGUACGCGCUUACAGAUUCAUAAUCGAUAUCUUUGCACGCAACAGCACAAACGCUGACGGUACCCCUGUUGAACCUGCUGCUCCCAGAAAACUUCGCCUCCUUAUUGCUCAUUCCCUCAUGGGUAGUAUCAUCGGCAAGAAUGGUUUGCGUAUCAAGCACAUCCAAGACAAAUGCAGUUGUCGCAUGAUCGCUUCCAAAGAUAUGCUUCCUCAAUCUACCGAGCGUACUGUUGAAGUUCAUGGAACGGUUGAAAACCUUCACGCAGCUAUCUGGGAGAUUGGAAAAUGCCUAAUUGAUGACUGGGAACGAGGUGCUGGUACUGUUUUCUAUAACCCUGUUUCUCGUAUUACCCAACCUCUUCCAUCCCUUGCUCAGGGCACUCCUCCUCCCCAACCAGUUGCCUCUGAUACUCCUCCCGUUGUUAAUGAAGGCGUUCAAGAAAACUUUGUUUCCUACGGUGCUCCAGUUUUUCCCACCCCUCAGUUGCCUUUUUUGCAACAACCUAAAGUCACUCAGAACAUCAGUAUUCCCGCUGACAUGGUUGGCUGUAUAAUAGGUCGAGGAGGCUCGAAAAUCUCUGAAAUUCGUCGUACCAGUGGUAGCAAGAUUUCAAUUGCAAAAGAGCCUCAUGACGAAACUGGUGAACGGAUGUUUACGAUUACGGGUACCCAUGAGGAAAAUGAGAAAGCUCUUUUCUUACUUUACCAGCAGCUUGAACUUGAGAAGGAUCGUCGCUCUCAUUAA